UUGAACAUUGUAAUAUUUUUCUUUAUUUUCAGGUUUGACUGAAGAAAGUGAAAUACCUUUCUACGAGACUGAUGAAAUAAUUCACAAUGUCUCUAAGAUUUUUUCCGGUUUACAUCAACCAUAUCGCGGGCUCCGUCAACGCUGCCGAUCUCAGGAGCCUGUUCGCUAGGUUCGGUUCCGUGAUAGAUGUUGUCAUUGUCGACGAGUAUGGAUUUGUAAAUAUGAAAACUUGCGAGGACGCAUGUCUCGUAAUCCAAGAGCUCAACGGACGCGGGUUGCACUCAAGUCUGCUCCAUGUAGAUUUCUCCGAAGAGAUGAAACAGUAUCUUCUGAACCGAGGUGUCACAUUUAGAUGUACACCCGACCCUUACUCCGGGGUAGUGGGAGAACAGCAUCCCAAUUAUCCUUCAGGAGAAGGGAUAGUUCAACCUAACCUAAGUGAACCUGGAUACGGUUCCCUCAUGGAUAAUAAGGAGUACCUGGAUGAGAGAUUAAAGAUCAUAAAUGCAGAGCUGGCCAAGCUCAAGGAUUCUCCUAGUACAAGUGAGCCUAGGCCGAGAAGAUCAAAAUCAAGAGAUAGAUCUUAUCACAGAAAACGAUCUACAUCAAGAACCAGAUCACGAAGAUCAGGAUCCAACUCUAGAACACGGGAUAAAAGAUCAAAAUCAAGAAGAAGGAUUUCAAGAGAAGAUCUCUAUCAUGAUCGAAAUACUUAUGAGGGAGAAAUAUCAAGAGAUUAUGAUCAUGACCCAAGGCUCUCUGUGGACCGUGAAAGGAUAAGAUAUUCAGGAUCCAGAUCGUCUGGCCUACCUAGAGAAGGUUCAAGAUCAGAUCGGGAUUUAUUUCAUAGAAGAGAUUCUAUUCCACCAACUCGAGGAUCUAAUCCAGGCUUCUCUAACUCGAAAAGUAAAAGAAGAAGAAACAGAAGACGCCAUGUUGAACAUCUGAAUACACCUCAGAGAAAAUCCGCCUUGUCUAGACUUGGCGACAUAGUUCCGGCCAGCAGAGAGGAGGCUAACCUAUCGGAGAUCAGUGAUAAUGAGAUUAUCAAUCCAGAGGAGGAAGCAGAGUCAGAGCUUGAACUCUCGGACGAGUUCGUCGAGGAUAAUCAUCGUAGACCGAGCGGAGAGUUUGAGGACGGAGCAGAUAUUGAUCUGUCGAGGAAAAAUAUGAAAAUCCAGAUAAAUAUUGGAUCCAAGAAUAUGAACGAUAUGACUCGUAAGAUUAUGGUUGAUCUUGAGGAACAGACGAGGGUUCAACGGUUUAUGAUAAAGUACUGGUUUGUCUCGGAUACAUCUCCACAGUUCAGAGAGGAGAUCAAAGUUCUCAAGUUUGAGAGUCUCCACGAUCCUGAACCUCUCUCCGUGGUUGAAGUAGAAUGCACUGCUCCACAGGUUGAGGAAGCCUAUUCUCAAAUAUUAAAGUCCCUACCUGAGGAUACAAGUAUCUGUAUCUACAAUAGUGCUGGAGAGAAUAUUAAAAAUAAUGGUUCCGAGUACUCUAUCAUCCUAAUCAACAGAACCUUUCCUAGUAGCGUGGAACUACUGCUACGUGAGAGUGGGAUUGUAAAACUGCUGACCAAUAACGGUUCAACUGGUCGGGUACAGUUUGCAAGUAUUUGUCAGGAUCAUCUGAUUAAACUUAUCUUGGAUUUCCAGGCAGGGUUGGCAGGAGAGACAGUCUCCGCUACGUUUGCUGAUAUUAAAAGCCAGCUAUUGCUUGAGGAACUUAUCUUAAAAAAGAACCCUGACGCUAAACUCCGACAUAAACUGCAAAUGGAAGGUUUGGGAUUACAGAUAGAAGAUUCGAAAAGAUAUAGCAAAACAAAAAAGAGAAUAGUGUCUCUGAUGAAGCCCCACUGUCUGGUUUUGAACAUGGAAGUUGAAGGAAGCAGUGUGCAGAUUGAGAUACUCUCUACCAGGAAGGACGCCAUAGCUUUCUGCGUAGAGCUGACGAAUACAUUUCUAUUCGGAAACCGGAUCUAUCUCUCUGCUAAAUCUUCCAAGGAUAUCAGGUUCAAGGAGGAGGUGGAGAAGAUCCUGAUGGACAAGUUUGGGAACAGGUUGAAGGAGCUGGAGAACGAGAUCAUGAUAAACAUAAGAGAGGCGGAGGCAGAUAUAUCUACGGUGGAUAAAUCUAAAGUAAUCCGUGAGAUAGACAUGUAUGUGGAUGGGACGAGGAACAUGAUGGGACGGGACGGGUUCGAGGAGUUGUUUAACGAUUACGGGAUGGUGGUUCAUGAACACAGUAAACCGGAUCUUAGAUAUAGUUUCGUCACUCUCUUCUCCACAGAAGAGAAGGCGUUGAAGUCCUGCUAUGAAUUGACCGGAAGGAGGAUGGGAGAUAACAGUUUAGUUGUUGAAAUAUCUCAGAGAGAGCGUCACGAUCUCUCAAAUGAAUCCAAGGCUCUGGCCAAGAAGAAGUUAGCUGAGGUGAGAAAGAAGGAUCAGGAGGAGAGAGCACUAAUGAUGGAGAAUGAUGAUGGAACAAGUUUAAGAAAAUAUUAUCUCUACCUGGACGGAUUAACCAGUCCUAGAGAAAAGUAUGAGAUUGCCUCCUUGUUUGAACCCUAUGGUAAGAUAAUAAAGGCUCUGCCCAACGAGGAUAAGUACUACACGUUCGUAGAUCUCGAGACAACGGAAGAAAACGCAAUAAAUGCCGUUCUUAACGUUUCCGGAAUAGACUUUUUCGGAAACGCUCUUAAGGUUCAGUUCCGGAAGAACAAGGGGAUGACCAAGGUGAUAGAGAAGUUAACGGAACGGUUAAAAAACCCCAACCUUGCACUGAACACGAUGAACAGGAAGCGAGGGAUGGAUAUGUCGGUUCCUAUCGAGUAUCCUUCUCAGUAUACUAAGCAGAGUAAGGUUGAUAUACCAGAUUCAGUCAAGUCCCUGAUGAUGCCAAACCUAGAUGAUGACUCCAUCAUUCCCAGGCUCGAGUUUACGAAUCCGGUGAAAUCCUCGAGUAUCAACGAGAGUGCAGUCGAGAAUUUUGUCAAGAGUACACGCGAGCAGACCGAACAAUCGAUACACACAGAUACAAGAGGUGCGCGCUCCUGGGCCCAAUGGGCGCACAGAGACCAGGUGGAGGAGGAGGGAGUGAAGGAGAAGGUUGAUUUCAGCAAGUUGAGCGCGGAUUAUCUCAAAAAUAUCAUGGAAACUGUUUCUUCUUCAGCGGUUCAAACACAAGCAAAGGACGAGGGAGAGAAGGCGGUCCGUCAGUUUCACGUAGGCAGGUUGAACAGCAAUAUACGAGAAUAUGAUAUCAAGGAUCUGUUUGCUCGCUAUGGACAGAUCAAUAGAGUUAAUGUCAUCAAGUUCAGCACAGCAUUUGUUUUGGCGUAUAUGUCUGAGUUGAUGGCCGUGAAGUGUGUAUGUGAGCUCAACGGCGUUAUAGUCAAGGGAUCUCGACUUACAGUGGAAUUUACUAAGGGUUCGUACGAGGAGACGAGGAACUUCAAAGAGAAAUGGGCGCAAGAAAUAAAAUUCUUUAGUUCAAAGGAGCAUCAUGCUACCCUGGAUAUACAGAUUACUAUUCCAAAGAUGAAAAUAUCCGAGAUCGGAGAGGGUCUCAAGAACUUUGACAUGUCGCUUUCUCUCGACGCUGUUCACCCUUCUUUCCAGCAUCAAGGCCUAGAGCGUAAACAAGAUAACGAUGAGAGUUUCUCUGGUUUCCAAUCGGAGUUUACUCCUGUUCCUGCUCCUAGUUACUCAUCCAACCUUCUCCCCUUCUCUGGAACCCUGGCACCAGGAUACUCAUCCGGAUACCAAUCCUCCGCCUCACAAGGAUAUUCUUCCGCUCCCCCAGGAUCCGGAAACAAUACCGGCUAUGCCGCAGAUUUUUUCUCCUUGGCGGGUCGGCGGGUUUCUAACCUGGAGUCGAAUGAUUCCUAUUUGGCGGAUAUUCAGGGUAAAAUUCAUUCAAUACAGAAUAAGCAAAUCCUUCUGGAAUUCAACCUUCCAGGUUCAGGAGAGAAGGCUCUCGCCAAACUUAUCCCAGGUCAAAUGUAUUUGAACGGGAAACAAUGCCUCGGAUUCUCCAUCAAGUCCAACACCUACCAUUUGUGGCCAAACUUUGUCAAGGAUUUUCUACAGAUUGGGAAGGAGGUUUGGAUGGAUUUGAAAAAGCUGUCCACCAAGGAAAUGCACGACUCAAAGGACAGGGAGCGUGCCAUUCACUGGACAUGUCCAUUCGUUCGACUUCCAGGUUCAAGAUUGAGCGAGAAAGAUUUGACCAUCACUCGUCAAACUCAGAGCUCAGUGAUCACUACUGCAGUACUCAGACGGGUUUACUCAGGGUGGGGGCUUCUCCGCUCCAAGGAUCAGAAUAUCAUAUUCAAGAAUGAAAACCUGUUCCAUGAGACUGCUCCACUAACAGCUGAAUCCAACCUGACAACUCUGGAUCUUGAGAUCGGAGACACCCUGGCGGUCCAUGUCGAGGAGAACCAGGAGAAGAUCAAGGAGCUCGUGAGUAGUAUCCCAGAAUAUGAAAAGAACCAGGACUUGAAAGACAUAAAACUGUUUGCUAAGCUGGUGUGGCAUGUAACCGGAGAAGUUGAUCCAUGGGUCUACUUUAACCCAGACCCGGAGCAGAAGAUUCUCUUCCUAACUUCGAGUUCAACUCUUAAUAGACCUCUACCUGGAGAGAAGGAAGCUGAGCUGACGAAUAUUUGCGGUACUGUGGAGGAGAUACAUCUUCCUGCAGGAGGGAUUAUUACUAUCAAUGAUGAUAAGAUUAGAGAAUUAAAUCUCCCACUUCAAACACAGCAUCAGCGGAAAGUUUAUUUCCACAGAUCCCGCAUACAUCUAAACGGAACAAAAAUCCAAACUGAUCAAAGUUUGGAUACAGAACUAAUGCCGGGAGAUGAGGUUUCCAUUGAUAUUGUGCGGAACUCCCCCUACCCUUCCGACCCGCCCUACGUCAUGUCCGCGGCAUUCUGGGUAGCAGUCGCAGUAAGGGCCAACACAGUGGUCAGGGGGGUCCAGAUCGCUAAUAGACUCAGGAAAGAGGCAUCUGUUGGAUGUGAGGAGGGUAUAGAGCGUGCCCGUGUUGUUUAUCUCGCUCCUCCUGCAGAUCCUCUUUCCCCGGUGGUCAGUGGGACCGCGGUCAUUGACACAGGGGAGUUCCUCGGUCAGCGAGUAGAGUUUGAUAGAUCUGUUUGCUCUGCUUACAGUUUCUCAUUGGCUAAAGCGGAUCUUUCUCAUAUAAUUCAACGAGAUGAAGCUGUUUUUGUAAAACUAAAACCAUAUAACUCCUACUGUGUUGCCAAACUCUGGUUGGGAUUCUCAACUGGAUCAAGGAAGGAAGGGAGUCUGGAUCCUCAUCAGAUUGGGUUAAUGAAAGAGGAUCUGGAAAAGAAAGGAAUAAGUCAGGCUGGUUUUGAUGUUCUAGUCAAGGGGCAGUUUUCCCCCAGGCAAUUCCUACCGUUAUCUCGUCAGAGUAUCCCUGGGCAAGUAGUUUCUUUACACGAGAAGGAUGAUAUUGCCACCAGUGUAACCAUCAAGAGUGAUUCUGGUGACGUCAUAUCCGCGGAUAGGGAUAAAAUAUACGCUCAUGGACAUUGGUUGGGUCGCGCAGAUCUAGCAUAUUGUAUGCAAGCAGAGAGGGUUGAGUAUGAGAUAUCUCCAAGGUAUAGUGAAGAUGACCCGGAGUACGCCUGCUUGGUAUGGAUUGGAGAAAGACCAAAAUAUAUAGGGAUGUCUACAUUCCCCCAUAUAACCACGGAGUCAAGUAAACACUUGAAAUAUUGGUUGGCAAAGAAGGAUUUAGAUCUUCACUCAUUCAAGGCGCUGAUUGACGGAAUGCUCCCGUCUAAGAAGAAAACGGAGAGUGCUGCAGGAAUUAAAAAAUCUCAGGAUGAUCUCUCAUUAGAUCCGGAUACUCUGGCACAGGCUGCUCUGCUGCAGAAGAUGAAGAACCAGCUUGGAACAGACAAGGUGAUGAACCUGUUGAUGAAUAUGCUCAACUCUGGAACAGAUACACCAGGUUCCAGUUCUACUUCUGCUCCUCAGGAUUCCAUCUCAAAGAUGAAUCAGGAGUUCGUUGCUUCGUCCUCGUCAAAAAGGGAACCGGAUGCUUACUACUCUUCACAAUCCACAACUGCUUCCUACAGCAGUAGUCCUAAGGACGCAAAUACAGCAGCAUUCGAUAGAAACCAGUUCUCAGCUCCUAUAGUAGGACAACCACAUAUUAAAGCUGCCCCUCAGCCGCCGCAACAGCAGCAAGAAUAUCCAGGUCAGCAGCAGCAGCAGUAUGGAUACAAUCAACAGCUUCAAGGAUACUCCCAACCUGGAUAUAAUCAGCAACCUGGUGGAUACAUGCAGCAGGGAUACAAUCAACAACCUGGAUACACUCAGCAGCAGCAGGUUGGAUAUCCCCAGCAAGGAUAUAUGCAAACCCAGCAGCAGGCUGCAGCUCCGGUUUACAACUCCGGGUACAAUGAUCAGCAGAUGAUGAACCAGCAGUACAGUGGGUUCGGAUACCAGCAGUCCCGCACUACAGGACUGUUAGGACCUCCUCCUGGACCCCCUCCACCUCCUGGCAUCCCUUCAUUGAUGUCUACUCCAGGGUAUCCUGGAGCUCAGGGAGGGGUUAGACCAGUCAACAACAGGGUUGUUAACCAGCAACAGCAAGGAUUCCAACCAAUCUACUCUCCAUAUCAACCGCAACAGCAGUAUAGGCAACAACGUUGAAAACAGUCUUAUCAUGAAUUUCAGUUUUCUCACUAAACUUGUGAUUGAAUUUUAGCAUAUUUUUUCAGUUUUUUUAGUACCCAUGUAUCAUAAUUUGAAUAAAUGUCGAGCUUAAUGUUUUAAA